UGGGUUUAGAGUUUCAGGCCCAGGUCUUCUACUGGAGUCACCAUAAGCAGCAGCUGUCACAAGUGUUCUCAUCCAAUGGAGAAACUCAAGCGCUAAACAACACCUGACAGAAAACUGAACUCAAAACAGGGAAAACACCAGCUGCUACUGAGUUACGAUUCUCUCAUGAAUCAUGUACGAGACGCAGCAGUAUGACAGUCCACCGCAAUACAGUCCACACUACACCGCUCCAUCAAAUAUGUACACAUCCAGAAGUUUCUAUUCUCAGAGGAGCGAGUUUGGCCUGUACUCUUCAGUCCCCGAUGCCCCUCAUGCGCUGGGAAAUCCUCAGCACUUCUACAGAUGGUUCUCUCCCCCUGGCAUCGUCAAGACUAUGGAGGGACUCACUGCUCUGCUGUGUUUCAUCAUUUUCGCUUGUGUUGCGUCCACUUUAGUUUGGGAUAUGCCCGGUUAUGAGGGCAGCAUCGGUGGCUAUAUUGCCGGAUCUGGAGGUUAUGGCGUUGGAUCUGGGUAUUAUGGUGGAACCUACGGCUAUCAGAGCUCUUACAUGACGCCCUACUCUGCAAAGUCAGCCAUGAUUUCGAUGGCAGCUCUUAAUUUUGUGGUGUCUUUGACCUUCCUGGUGGUGAGCUUCUCAAAGAUGUGGUGUGUGCGCGGAAAAGCCUUUUACCUGACAGUUUUGGUGGUGGAUGUGGUUCUGGCGAUCCUGCAGUGUAUUAUAGACAUUGUGUUUGUUAUUGGGGUGAAUCCCAUGGCUCAAAGUUCACAGAGCAUCUUAUACAACCCCAUCCUGAUGAUGUGUCAGAGCUCAUUAGGGACUCCCAGCAUCAGCGCCGGAGUCAACACUGGAGGCUUUCCUGGCGCAUAUCCGUCCUUCAACCGAUAUCUUUAUCACUACUGCUUCAUGGAUCCUGAGGAGGCUGUGGCUCUGGUUUGUGGGCUGUUUGUCAUGAUUGCUCUAAUCAUUGCAGCCUAUUUUGCCUAUAAGACUCGAAGCAAAAUAUGGCGUCACGGCAAACCUAACAUCUACUGGGAGGAACCACCGAUCCUCAGAACAAACCGGAGCCAGAAUUCACAAGACUGGCGAGGCACUCAAUACACCCCCACUGUGGUUUUAUCAGAGAAAGCGUCCCCUCAUCUGAAAGCUGAGAACAGCUUCACCUCCUACACCGAGGGAACCGUGAGCGUCUACAGCGAGGGCGGGUACAAAAGCAACGUGUAUUCUGAGAAUGUAAAGGGUUUCAGCCCGGAGCCGCUGUACCAGAAUCAGUGGAGGAGCUCCAGUCCUGUGGAGGAAGUGGAAGUACAGAGCAGAUCAGUUGCAGAGAAAGCUGAAGUGUUUGAGGUGGAGGAUGUUCUCUGUGAGACCGGCUACACCACUGCUGCAGAUUCAGCCACUGAAUUACACACAUACGAGCUGGAGGACACUUAUUCAGAAAUUACAACAGAUGAACAGCGCAGACAGUACAAGAAACAGUUUGACGUCACCUUCGCUGUGUACAAGAACCUCCGUGCAGAAUUGGACGAUAUCAGUGAUCAAAUGAAUGAACUGAGCCAAGAGCUGGACACCCUCCACGAGGAGUCCACCAAAUUCCAGGCUGUAGCUGAUGAAUAUAAUCGACUUAAGGAUCUGAAACGGUCUCCAGAAUAUAAGACUAAGAAGCUCCAGUGUAAGAAACUACGGCAGGAACUGUGCCGUAUCAAGCAACUGGUGAAGAAUUAUGACCAAGGCUAUAAAAAGAACAUGAAGACUUAUGUUGCGGAUCCUCAGGAUUUCUUUGUCUGAAGCAUGUAUACAUUUUCAGUUUUUUAAUUAACGUUGCAAAAGGUCCUGUAAAUGGGAAAAAAUUAAAAUUUUGCAAUAUGAAUAUAAA